UAAACAGUACAAUUAGUGAUCAAAGUUUUCAAAUUGUAAAUAAUAAAAAUGAGUAGUUUACGAAAUCAAAUGCGGUAUUUAAAUCCAUACGAUAUACAUAAGAUGAUAAUAAACGAUUAUAUUCUGAAAAGACCGGGAGAUACUAGUCUUUUAAAACGAGAUACUUCCAAAGAUAGAAAUGAUUAUCACGUUAUAGUUCAAAAUCAUAAAUUUUUAUGGGAGGAAGACGAUUCGGCGGAUACAUGGGAACAACAAUUUGCAAAACGUUAUUACAAUAAACUUUUCAAGGAAUAUUGCAUCGGAGAUCUUAGUAAAUAUAAAGAAAAUAAGAUCGCUCUUCGAUGGAGAAUUGAGAAAGAAGUGGUUACAGGAAAAGGUCAAUUCAUUUGUGGUAAUAAACAAUGUAAUGAAGAAUCUGAUUUACGUACCUGGGAAGUGAAUUUUGGUUAUGUAGAACAUGGUGAAAAGAAAAAUGCGUUAGUUAAAAUAAGACUUUGUAUAGAUUGUUCUAAAAAAUUAAAUUAUCAUAGCAAAAAGAAAGAAAUAAAAAGAUUAAAAAAGAAAAAAUCGAAUUGUAAGAAAAAAGAUAAUUUUCAAGAACCCAGCUGCUCUACUGGUAUUUCGGUACCUGAAGAAAUUGAAGAACAAAACGUAGAAGAAAAAGCAUCUGAAACAGAUAAGGAAUCACCAUGGGAGAAUCAUAAACCCGUAGAACAAAAAUCCAGAGAUGAAGAAAUGGAAGAAUAUUUGCAAGAUUUAUUAUUAUAA